AUGGACCGCGUUCAUGCGAGGGCUCUUUCUUCCCCGCUGGGAUCCUCCUCUCCACCAAGUCAGCGCGAGCCCACAUCCAUGCAACGCUCUGCGCAGCUUCUAGCUCAAGCUGUGCCGUUCGCGCUCAAAACAUCUUCAGAGCCACCCACUUCAUCAGCCUUGGACCACCGAACACGUAUAGAUCCGCCGGCCCCCGAUCAAUCCGUUCGUCAACGUCGCUCGCUCACUCACGGCCUCCGGCGCUUCUUCCACCACGUCAGGCCCACAAACAGCAAGACCAAACAAGAGCGCUCGGAUCCAAGCUUCGAAGCCUCCUGCAGUAUCCUCAAGGUCGAUCGCAUCGGGAAUCCUAGCCUCUUCGCUUCCUUGACACCGUCUAGAAGCUUGCGCACUCCUCCCUUUUCACGCUCGGUUGCCUCUCUCUCCUCUGCGUCCUCGUCGUCGUCGCCUCCGAGUCCCACCUCCUCGUCCUCGGCGUGCAGCUCACAGAUCAUCUUCCCGCUCGAUCCGGACUUCGAGGCUGAGCUAGAGAUCGCCCUCGAGAUGGCGCCGCACAGCCUCGGCUCCGCGUGGAGCCAUGACUCGUACAAUGCCAUGCAGUAUCUGCGUGCUCGUACACCCUAUCCACCCACCAUGACCGAGACCGCCUUUGACUAUCACGCACAAGGCGACCGACAAGGCUCAGGCAACCGCUGGCAGACGGCGCUCGAGAUCGGAUGCGGACCGGGUCAAAUGUCGAUCCACCUCGCCACGCGCUUCGCCAAGGUGUACGGCCAGGAUCCCUCGCCUAACAUGCUCAAGCUGGCGAACACGGUCAAGCGAAUGUCGGCCGAAGAGCUCGCCGAGGUGAAUCUGCCGCCUGUCAGGGACGCCGCACGCAUCGAGUAUAGUCAGGCUCGCGGUGAAGAUCCCAUCCUGCCGCCGGGCGAGAAGGUCGAUCUGAUCAUGAUGGCGGCGUGCAUCCACUGGAUGGACUGGGAGAAGCCCGAGUCGGGUCGAUCCAAUUGGCAGAAGUGGUCCUCGCUGCUAAAGCCCGGCGGCACGCUCGUCGUCACGGGCGGCCGACCCGUCAUCGGACCUUACACUGGAGAGAUGGGCGAGCGGAUUCGGCCGCUUCGCGACUGGCUCCUCGACUUUCCCUUUGAUUAUCCCGAGGUGCAACGCUACUACGAUACGGGCAACACGGCCAUUGAAGACCUACGCAAGGCCGGCUUGUAUCGCAAGCUGCCCAUGCCGUGGGAGCACAGCCCCGAUCUGGAGCAGCUCUGGGACCGCAGCUCGUACUGCUGGAUUCCCGUCGAUGACCCCACGGUUCUUGGUGAGAAAGCCACCUCGGCACGACUAGCCGAGGUGGAUGAUCCAGAGCAGCUCGCUGCCACCAUGGACAAUUUGCCCGAGUGGAUCCGUCCGGGCGUGCGUCGGGCGGCCUGGUGCGACAACUCGGCGGGCGAUCUCGUCAUCACCACGACAACGCCAAGAAAGAUGGCGGAUUGGACCAGAUCGACCUCAGCAUAUCUCAAGUUCCUACAAGAAAACCCGGAACAGCGCCAGCUCAGCUUGCAAGACGAGGAUCUCGCCGCCGUCGAACUCAAGAAGCUUUGUCAACAGAUUGGCAUCGACUUUGACGCCGAGAUUGAGUGCCACCACUCGGGCGCUGUCCUCUGCAUACGUCCUUCAUAUGCUCCGUCGGAACAGAUCGUAGAGAGGAUGCUCAAGAUCUCAAGCUUGCGAAGCACGAAAGGUGAAAGGGACGUCACCUUUUUUGGCAGCUGCGGAUUUCGCGUUGGCGGACCAGACGUGGAGGCGCGAGCGUAUCUCCAGUCUCGCAACUUUGCAGUCCGACGCUGGACUCGAUUCCGACUCCAACAGUGUCCGGCCGGUCUCCGACGCGUCAGUCCCAACUCGCGGCCCGCAGGGCCGCUGCUAGAGCUCGUCUGCAUCACCAUGCCGACUGCCUCGCCUGCCGCGGGCCAGCAGACUCCGCCGAACCAGCAGCCCUUGAUCCCCGUCGGCGCCGAUUGCGAGCUGGUCGACUCCGAAACAGGCAGCGUCUUCCUCGCCACAGUCAUCUCACGACGCUGGGGCAGCCCGUCGAAUACGCAGGCUGGGUCCGAGAGCGACCAUGUCCAGUACUACAUCCACCGCCACGACCAGGAUAAGCGCAUGGAUGGAUGGGUCGAUCAGUCCUCCGUUCGUCCUGUAUCCGCUCGCCCUGCACCGACAGCCACACCUGCUCCGUCCGACCCAGCCCAUCUGCUGCUGAGCACGGCAACACGUCCGGGCGACAAGGGCAAGAGGAAAGCCGAGAACGAGCUGAAGCACGAGGACAGCGAUGGCAGCCGAACGCCCUCAGCCAGCAGGCAGGCAUCGCCUACACCGCCGGAUCGCCUCCCUCACCCUCGCAGCAGGAAGAAUGCUCCGGCUUCGUCGCCCGAGACUCCAGCGCUGCGCAACAUCGGCCGCGUCCUGUAUGGCAACUUCGACAUCAAGACGUGGUACUACAGUCCAUAUCCACUCCACCACGACGAUGACGCUGUCGAUGGCUCUGCGGCGUCUUCGCACGCAUCUGCAGCGCUGGGAGCCAACAAGCGCAAUCAGUCACCCUCCUUUAGACAUGGGGCAGCCUCAUCCCCCGCGGCGAGGCGCGCGCCGCCCAACACUGGCGCCGACUCGCCCGCAUCUGCGUCACGAAUGUCGCCUGCCGCCGGCCAUGCACGCGGCCGCAAGGACUUCCUCCCAACCAAGAUGCUCUGGAUCUGCGACGGGUGCUUCAAGUACAUGAAGACGUACAAUGGCUAUGCAGCGCAUCGCAAGUUCUGCAGGAACACUCAUCCUCCGGGGCGAAAAGUGUACCAGCGCGGCGCGCACAUCAUCUGGGAGGUCGACGGCGCCCAAGAGACGCUGUACUGCCAGAACCUCUCGCUCUUCGGCAAGCUCUUCAUCGACCACAAGACCAUCUACUUUGACGUCGAGCCCUUCGUCUUCUACGUGCUCACCGACGCAGCUAACGCGAGCUUUGACCACGCGCUCGGCUUCUUCUCCAAGGAGAAGAUCUCGUACGACGAUUACAACCUCGCGUGUAUCGUCACAUUUCCGCCCUUCCAGCGCAAGAGCUUCGGCACGCUCAUGAUCGAGUUCUCGUACUAUCUGUCUGCAGCGCAGGGCAUGUUCGGCACGCCUGAAAGGCCGCUAUCGGAUCUGGGGCUCAAGGGCUAUCUGUCGUUCUGGACGGCGGUGCUGUUGCGCGCGCUCGUGGCGUGCUUCGACGGUCCGCUCCAGCCUCGCAAGGGCAGUGCAGGCAGGGGCCGCAGGCAAUCAUCGGCAGCGAGGUCAGCACAGGUGGCUGAUCAGGGGAUGGAGGAUGACAACAAGGCGGAUGCAAGCAAGGCAGCAAGGCACUGGAACAUCCUCGUCCAGCGGUGCAAGCUGCUCGACGUGGACAUCAAAGCAAUUUCUCACCAGCCCGGCUUCGAAGAGCUGCGCAAACUCGCCUCAGAGGCCGAUGGCCAAAUGGUCGCCGGUUCCGAUCCUACGGCUGCGGCUGCGGCAGCGCAGAAGCGCAAGAUCAGGCUCAAAGGGUGGGCGGGCAGCACGCCUGCUCGUCCGCUCCGGGCUGCACGCAUCCAGCCGGCGCCCAGCGACACCGCGCACACGCAGACAGGGACGAUGCCAACUUCUGCACUAACUGCCUCCUAUGGCCCUGGGGCUGCAGCGGCAGACGUGUCUCAUCCCGCGCUGGACCUUGCCAAACUGCGUGCCGAUGAGCCGUGCACGAUGAGUGUGACGCUCGAUGCGCUCUCGCGCCUCACGUAUAUCCGGCCGGACGACAUCGUGCUUGCGCUUUCGGAAGCGGGUCUGCUCAACGCCGCGUCGACACCGUUCCUCCCGGGCUCUGAUGCGGCCGUGUCGCAGAACGGCGCCUCGCAUGACGAAAGCGCACGCGCCAACGGCAAGAGCAGCAACGUCAGCACCGUGACACCCGCACACGGGCAACCUGCGCUUCUGCUGACACGCGACGCAAUCCGCUCGGCGAUCGAACGCUUCAACGUGCGACCUGCCGUACUGGAAGAAUCCUACGCACUCAUCUGA